CUCAGCAGUCAGGCAUAACGGGGAGGUGUCCUUGAGCCUUGAAGAGCUGGCUGGAAAGGCAGAAUUUCUGAAGUAGGGUGAGGAGGGAACCGCCGACCGGAGGAAACGCUCGUAGCUGUGCGCAGAGCCUAGCCUCACCAUGGUGGACGCGUUCGUGGGCACCUGGAAGCUAGUGGACAGCAAGAAUUUCGAUGACUACAUGAAGUCACUAGGUGUGGGUUUUGCUACCAGGCAGGUGGGCAAUAUGACUAAGCCUACCACAAUCAUUGAAGUGAAUGGGGACACAAUCACCGUAAAAACGCAAAGCACCUUUAAGAACACAGCGAUCAGCUUCAAGCUGGGAGUGGAGUUCGAUGAGACAACAGCAGAUGACAGGAAGGUCAAGUCCACUGUGACGCUGGAUGGAGGCAAACUUGUCCACCUGCAGAAGUGGAAUGGACAAGAGUCAACACUUGUGCGGGAACUCGUUGAUGGGAAACUCAUCCUGACGCUCACCCACGGCAGUGUAGUUAGCACUCGCACUUAUGAGAAAGAGGCAUGACCUGCCCAUUCCUUCACCACCUGCUCCUCUGCCAACUGGCUGCUCCUGGACUCCGUACCAGAUUGCCUCAUUUUUCCUUCUGGCAUUUUGUACAAAUGCACUGAUUGGGGAAGUUCUUCUGGGGUCAGGUGGCACCAGCCUGGAUCCAGUUCCAGUUCUCAUUGUGUAUGCUUGCUUUUUAAACUGCAUCCAAAGGGUGCUCUGAGGUCAAUAAAGCACAGCCAAGGCCACCCA